AACUUUCAACAUCCGGUUGGAUUGUUUUUCAAAAUAAAGGUUGAUAUGAAAAGUUAAGUUUAGCUGCACAUAAACACGGGGCUGGACCGGACCGAAGUCCAGUUCGGAGACACGGUUCUCCAGGUUCUGUUUCCGGUCACAGAAAUAAGAAGUUAYAUGUUUUGUCUUUUCAAACCGGAAGUAGUUCCGUUGAAGGGUUAACAGUUCUUCAGAUGUGAGAGCACCAACUCUUCACAYCUAACUCAAACUUCACAGCGACGUGAAAUAAAGCGAGUCACCACGUCGGUCACAACACCAGCAGCUCAAGGCUUUUAUUGUGAAGGGCCCGCGGACUUCCCGUCCUGCAGCUCGGUUCUCCUGCCCUCCACAGCGCGCUCACCUGUUUCUACCUGCCGCAGAAUGUGUUCCAGCAGCCCGGGGGACCGCAGCGCUCCCACCACCACCAGCACCGAGUGGUCCGCCGCCGCUGCGGGCCGAGAGGAACCGGGACCGCCGCCCCGCGCUGCCGCCAUCAUUCCGGCCGCUCACUGGUGACGUCAUACGCACGGUCACGCUGGCUCCGCCCGACAGACGCCAGAGGGUGAUUGACACAUUGGAACAACCAAUCAAAGAAAGAGGACCGAGUUGUGGACCAAUCAGAGCAGAGGGUGAAGUGUUCAGUGAAGCAGUCCGUUAAAUCCCACAGUUCUGGCAGCACCUGAACGCCUCUCGGUGUCCAACAUGGCGGCCCCCGGCAGGUGCGGCUUCUUCGUGCAGAGAAAGAACCGAUUCUGUAAYAUGAUCGUUGGCAAAGGGAAACGGUUCUGUGGCGAGCACGCGACCAUGGAGGAAGUGGGCGGAACCAAGAGGAUCCCCUGUCCUCUGGACCCCAAACACACAGUGACUGAAGACAAACUGGAGAAACAUCUGAAGAAAUGUAACUCCAGAGAAAAACCCCGAGCU